AUUUUGACAACGUCUUUGAAAAAGCGGCGCGGCUAAUUCAAGAUGGCGGAGAUGGACCAGCUGUUAGACGAGAGCUCCUCAGCUGAGGCACUCGUCAGUCUUAAAGAGGGGAGUUUGUCUAACACACUGAAUGAAAAGAACAGCUUCCCAAGAACUCACAACACCAGGGGACGACAUUCCUCUGUCACAAUGGACACGCCAACACGGAGCUCAAAGAGAAGCCGUUUGUUUAGAGAUGAAGAUGAAUCACCCCAGCAACGUCUCCCUUCCAGAUCUCCUCGGAGGAGCCAAAGGGUCACCACUACACCACAGAAAUUUUCUAAUGUCGUGACACCAGAUAAGAAGGCAUCACAGAAAAUAGGGCUGAGAUUAAGAAACCUCCUUAAGCUACCCAAAGCUCACAAAUGGUGCAUCUAUGAAUGGUUCUAUUCCAAUAUUGACAGACCUCUUUUUGAAGGUGACAAUGAAUUCUGCUUGUGCCUCAAGGAGUCUUUCCCCAACCUAAAAACAAGAAAACUAACUAGAGUUGAGUGGGGCACAAUCAGGAGACUGAUGGGAAAACCACGACGGUGUUCAUCAGCAUUCUUUGCUGAAGAGCGAACAGCGCUGAGACAGAAGCGGAUGAAAAUCCGCCUUCUGCAGCAGAGAAAACUGUCUGAUGUGUCAAACUGCAAAGACCUUCCUGAUGAAAUCCCUUUGCCUCUCAUCAUCGGUACCAAAGUCACUGCUCGACUUCGAGGCGUCCAUGAUGGGCUGUUCACGGGGCAGAUUGAUGCAGUUGACACCAGUGCUGCCACUUAUCGUGUCACGUUUGACCGCAGUGGCUUGGGAACUCACACCGUGCCUGAUUAUGAAGUCUUGAGCAAUGACCCCAAUGAGACCAUGCCCAUCUCAGCUUUUGCCCAGAAGCAUCGAUCAACACGCUACAUGCAGAACCUCAUGACUCCUCCUAGAGUGUCAUACCCCUCUGCUACCACUCCUGUCCACAUGGACAAUGAUCCUCUUAUAAGCCAGUCACCAUGGAAGAACAAAGUGUAUGGUGCUGAAGGUGAUACACUGGGAGGAUUUCCUGUUAAAUUUCUGGUCCAAGUUACAAGGCUGUCCAAAAUCUUAAUGAUCAAAAAGGAACACAUCAAGAACUUGAAAGAAAUGAACACAGAGGCAGAGAAACUGAAGUCGUACUCGAUGCCUAUUGACUUAGAAUUUCAGAAACGAUAUGCUACCAUCGUGGUAGAGCUGGAACAGCUUAAUAAAGAUCUCAACAAGGUUCUGCAUGAAGUGCAACAGUUCUGCUGUGAACUUGCUCCAGAUCAAGGCAUGGUUCCAGCUGAUCAUCCCACAGAGCUGCGGCGGCGUUGUGAAGAAGAGGCCCAGCAGAUGGUGCAGCUGAGCAAUUCACAGAGGGAUGGACAGCUGAGUGUGACAAAUCCCAGCCUCACACACCUCAUUUCCCGCCUCACUGCCUUACUCUUACAGAUAAAAUGUCUGGCAGAUGGCGGCGAUCUGAAUUCAUUUGAGUUUAAAUCGUUAACAGACUCCCUUAAUGACAUCAAGGCAUCAAUCGAUCCCUCCAACCUCAGUUGCUUUCAGAAUAAUGUUGAGAUCCAUGUGGCACACAUCCAGAGUGGUCUGAGCCAGCUGGGCAAUCUGCAUGCAUUUGCUGCCAACAACACCAAUGCAGUCUGAGUACUUGCAUCAUCUCUUCCACAUACAGACAUGCAGCAUGCUGAUGUCUUCUGAAAUGCUGACAACAGGCUCAUGUUGACGUUGCGGAUCGCCAUCUUCCAGUCUGAAUUUCGUUCGAGUUCUGUUGAGAUUCCUGAGGUUGGUUAAAAAGAGGGAUGAUGUCACGUAUUUUUAUCCACCCAUUUUAAUGUAUGAAAAUGUUUGUGCAACCCACUCAACACAAGCCUGAAAAAAAUGUUUAGCUAUUGCCACAAUCCACAUCUCACAACUCCCAAUUUGUUAUUUAUUGGUUUCAUGUGCCAAACAUUGAUUCUAACAGGUUUUAAAGUCCAUAUUUAUUUAUUUUUGCAAAGGUUUGUAUGGUUAUGGAACAAUAUUUUGCUGUCUCUGAUGUUCCCCUGUGAGUGUUUUUGUUGCUCCACCGAUGGUAAGCACAGGGGAAGGUUGAGAAUGUUUUUAUAAAAUUGUUUCUUGUAGAUAAUUGUAUUAUAUCUCUGAUUAUUAGAACUAUUGUCAACAUUUCUGCCAUGUGUUCAGAAAUGGCUUUUGUAAUUUUCUGUGCACUGAAGAGAGAUUUUGGUAUUUUUUAUAAAGGAGAAUGCUGGGGUUUCAAUGCCUUUUAAUCCCUAAGGUCUUAGCGACUCCACAUUUGGCAUGGCUGCUGCUGCAACCACCACAAAGCCUGCAUUACUGAUGUAUCCCCCAAAAAGUCAACAGUUCUCUCCUAGAGAAUCUCCUUUUUCAGUUUUGUAAAGUUGUACAUGAGAGUGCCUCAGGGCGAUUGUACAUAAAUGUUUCUCUUCUUUUAUAUUAAACAUAAUAUUGCUACACA